AUGGAUUGUAGCAAGGAUACUGAACCGUGGUGUGAAGAGACAACGGCACUGUUAACAUUCGACCAGGAGGACGACAAUACGGCUAGCAAACAAUUCCGUCCAGCAAACAAGAUUGUGGUGGAGGAGGAACCGAUUCGUGAUGACCAAGACGCGACGCUAAUUGCCAUCGGUUCACCAGGGCCGGGAUCCAGGCUAAUUCGCACGGACCGACGGAAGGAGUCGAAAAAGCAUGCAAAUGAAAAAGAUGAAACAAAAUCUGACCAGGGCGGCAAGCGCAUGGAUGAGAUCGCAUUCGCGUCGAAUGAUGAUCUUCCGGAUCCGGUACUGUACGCGGACGGUUGCGUGGACGAUAACAAGAUCAUAAUGCUCUGCCAGCGCCAGGAAAUGGAGCGCCUGGGUAUGACGGUCAGCUCUGGUACGGUGGUGAUCAAAAAGGAUACCAGCAACUUGAUCGGAAUAAGCAUCGGAGGGGGUGCACCUCUGUGUCCAUGUUUGUACAUUGUCCAGGUUUUCGACGGCACUCCUGCGGCUCGUGAAGGAACUCUGCAAAGUGGCGAUGAGCUACUGGGCGUGAAUGGCGUUUCCGUGAAGGGCAAAACUAAAGUGGAAGUGGCGAAAAUGAUACAAUCGGCCACGGAGGAGGUGAUGAUACACUACAACAAGCUGCACGCGGAUCCGACCCAGGGCGAAACGCUUGACAUUGUGCUAAAGAAGAUGAAGCAUCGCUUGGUGGAACGGAUGUCCAGCAGCACGGCCGACACACUGGGACUUUCACGGGCCAUCCUUUGCAACGAUUCGUUGGUGAAACGUUUGCAGGAACUGGAACGAACGGAAACGAUGUACAAGGGGCUGGUGGAUCACGCUAGAAGGAUGCUGAAGGCGCACUUUGAUGUGUUGCAGACGUACCAGGCGUUCGGGAAUAUGUUUGCCUCGAUCAGUGUCCGAGAGCCACAGCCGCGUGCAUCGGAAGCGUUCCGCAUUUUCGGUGAGCUGCACCGGAACAUGGAGAAGGAUGGCAUCAAGAUGAUCAAAUCGCUAAAGCCGAUACUAGCCGACAUGGGCACCUAUCUGCAUAAGGCCAUCCCGGACACAAAGCUCACCGUCAAGCGGUAUGCGGACGCAAAGUUCAGCUAUCUGUCCUACUGUCUCAAGAUAAAGGAGAUGGAUGACGAAGAGCAUGGAUAUGCGGCGAUCCAGGAGCCACUGUAUCGUGUGGAGACGGGCAACUAUGAAUACCGGUUAAUUCUACGCUGCCGGCAGGAUGCGCGGUUAAAGUUCGCCAAGCUACGUAGCGAUGUGCUGGAGAAGAUCGAGCUGCUGGAGUGCAAACAUGCCCGAGAUCUGGCGGGUCAGCUUCGCAAGUUCAUCGAGGGGUUAGCUACGCUUGCGUCGGAAACGGUCGAACGAUUGGAAGGCAUUCCAAAUCUAUUCCCCAUCGAGGUAGACCUGAAGGCGAGUGCGUUUCAGUACAAAUCGGCUAUUAAGUUUCAGGCAGAAGAGUACACAGACGAGGAUGUAGCACAGGCGGAAGAAGCUAUCGAACAACUGGAAACGCCGAAAUCGGGUGAACUGAAUGCAGCGAGAGAUUUGGAGCGGUCCAAUGGAGCGGAUGACAGUGGACAACUGUUGGGAGGUUUUGAGGACAUAGACCUCAGCAAGGGAUCGACGACGGAACCCUCGGAGAAUGAUCUGCUGAACGAACUGGGACUUGCGGGUAUUGAUCUAUCCGUAGGAAGCAAACCUCUCAGUAGUCACAAUCUCAUGGAUGAUCUACUCGUGCCGGAGUUAUAUAAGUAG